UAGGGGGAGCGACUACGUGUCAAAAUCUCCAAGAGUUCUCAGACGACGAUGCUUUGAUUUCAGGUCGGUCGCUAACCGGCAGUUUUACUUCAUUUCUCGUCUUCUAAGUACACAAAUUUACGCGUGGUAGAAAUAUACGUACGGAGAUGAUUAAAAUAGCUUUCUACUGGCUUGCCAUUUGUUUUGUGAGCUUGGCUCACGCUUUGUAUCCUUCCAGUUCAGAAGUCAUUGAACUUACACCGGGCAAUAUUAAUAAGCUUGUUAUCAACAGUGAUGAAGUGUGGGUUGUGGAAUUCUAUGCUCCAUGGUGCGGUCAUUGCAAAUCACUCGUACCCGAGUACACAAAAGCUGCUUCAGCAUUAAAGGGUGUUGUUAAAGUUGGAGCAGUUGAUGCUGAUGAACACAAGUCUUUGGGUGGUCAGUAUGGUGUUCGAGGCUUUCCUACCAUUAAAAUAUUUGGAAGCAACAAAAACAAACCAGAUGACUUUAAUGGCCAAAGAACAGCUCAGGGUAUUGUGGAAGCUGCCUUAAAAGCUGCCAAAGAGAAAGUUGAGGGACAAAUGGGAGGAAAAAAGAAAACUUCAAGCUCAAGCAAGGAUGAUGUAAUUGAACUGACAGAUGAUAACUUCGACAAACUAGUCCUGAAAUCAGAUGACAUCUGGUUGGUAGAAUUCUAUGCCCCUUGGUGUGGUCAUUGCAAAAAUUUGGCUCCCCAUUGGGCUCAAGCAGCAACAGAGCUGAAAGGAAAAGUUAAAUUAGGUGCCCUUGAUGCAACUGUCCACACAGCAAAGGCUAGUCAGUAUGGUAUUCAGGGUUUCCCCACAAUCAAGUUCUUUCCAGCUGGACCCAAAACCGUUUCUUCAGCGGAAGAAUAUGAUGGAGGCCGGACAGCCAGUGAUAUAGUCACUUGGGCGUCCAACAAAGCUGCCGAAAAUAUUCCUGCACCAGAAAUCAAGCAGUUGACUAGCGAAGAUGUGAUGAAAUCUAACUGCGUCGAACAUCCUCUUUGCAUCGUUGCAAUUCUACCCAACAUUUUGGAUUGCCAGUCAGAUUGUCGUAAUGGUUACCUGAAAACUUUGACUGCUCUUGGUGACAAGUACAAGCAGAAGAUGUGGGGGUGGGUCUGGUCGGAGGCUGGUGCACUGCCGGAAUUAGAAGAUGCUCUAGGUUUAGGUGGCUUUGGUUAUCCUGCCAUGUCCGUGUUCAGCUCGAAAAAGCUGAAAUAUUCCAUACUGCGAGGAUCGUUCGGGUAUGACGGAAUCAACGAGUAUUUGCGAGACUUGUCUUAUGGACGAGGUUCAACGUUCCCUGUCAAGGGAGCUGCUAUACCUACCGUACAAACAAUUCCUCCAUGGGAUGGAAAGGAUGGACAGCUUGAAGUAGAAGAAGAAAUCGAUCUAUCCGAUGUUGACUUAGACGAUUUAAGCAAAGACGAACUUUGAAAGUCUCAGCAUGCACAUCGGUGCAUCCUUUACUCGAAUCCCAUUUUCACGACCUCGGUGGGAGAUGCUUGUUGAAUCCUGAUCGUAAUUAUGUUUCAAAUUGAUUUGUCAUUCUUAAAAUACAUGUCAUUUUUUUGACAUUUGUCGCCAUUAA